GAGAGACGAGAGAAGAGCGAGAGAGAGAGCGAGAGACAAGAGAGAGAGAGAGAAGAAAGAGAAGAGAGAGAGAGAGAGAAUAGAAGAGAGAGUGAAGAAAGAGAGAGAGAGAGAAGAAGAAAGAAAGAGAGAGACAGAAGAGAG